UCCAGCCUCGGCCUCGGACCCUGAAGCCGCCGUGAUGUUGAUGCCCAAGAAGAACCGGAUUGCCAUUUAUGAACUCCUUUUUAAGGAGGGGGUUAUGGUGGCCAAGAAGGAUGUCCACAUGCCCAAACACCCCCAGCUGGCAGACAAGAAUGCGCCCAACCUUCAGGUCAUGAAGGUCAUGCAGUCUCUCAAGUCUUGGGGCUACGUGAAGGAACAGUUUGCCUGGAGGCAUUUUUAUUGGUACCUAACCAACGAGGGUAUCCAGUAUCUCCGUGAUUGCCUCCAUCUGCCUCCUGAGAUUGUGCUUGCUACGUUGCGCCGGAGCCGACCUGAGACUGGCAGGCCUCGGCCAAAAGGUUUGGAGGGCGAGCGGCCUGCAAGACUCACAAGAGGAGAAGCUGACAGGGACACCUACAGAUGGAGCGCCGUGCCCCCUGGUGCCAACAAGAAAGCUGAGGCUGGGGCUGGGUCAGCAACUGAAUUCCAGUUUCGAGGUGGAUUUGGUCGUAGACGUGGUCAGCCACCCCAGUGAAGAUGGAGAGGAUCAUUUUGUGUUGAAUAAACAUGUAGCCAGAAAAAAAAAAAAAA